GAAGCGAGAAAGCAGGAAGAGAGAAAAGGGAAUUAAGUAGUUUUAGACAUGUAUCGAAUAGGAGAAAUAUACUACGAUCAGAAGUUAACUAACUACCCACUGAACAAGACGUGUUUACGCUUACUAUAUCUAGAAGACAAAGUCUACUCCCCUUUUUACUAGAUACUUCAGUGGCGUACGAGGAUAGAUUUUUAUAAGUAAAGUUUUUACAGUUGGUUUUAAUUUUUGCGAGUGACUGCGUGCAUUUUGUGAAAGUUUUAUAGUGUUUUGGUAGGAUUACCAAAUAUACCAUUUGUUUCAAGAACACUCGGCCAUUUAUGCGAAUUCCACGAAUACUAAAAACACUUUUUCUCGGUGUGAACCGUUCGCCGAAGGAGGAUCAGUGACCAAGAACGCGGAUACAAAAAAAGGGAAAAUCUGACGGAGGUGACAGUUGCGCUAACAGUAGUGUGAGUGUGGCAUCAGAACCUAACAUCGUUUUCACCACUACCGACAACCCGAGCAUUGGAGCCAAACAGUCGGUGAUUGUUUUGUGUCGGCGUCGAAAUCAGCAAAUUUUGGAAAGUGCAUCGAAAAGUGCAUCUGCGGAGGUCAACGAACUACCGAGUGUGAAGCCGUCGGUCAGCUGGUUUUAUUGUGUGCCGGUGGUGAACAAUAUUGAUUGGGUGCUGUUGGGUCGCAGAGCUGCUGCUGUUACGUGGAUAUUUUUUGAUCGAGUGCAACGAAGGAAAGCUUUUGUUUAUGGUGGAUGCUGCUGUGAGGAUUUUUUUUUUGAGAAGUGCUUCGACGGAGAAAACUUCGAGCGGAUUUUGUUGCUGUGUGCUGUUUUGGUGACGAUUUGGAUUUGGAUUUGGUGGAGUGCAUUUGAUCUUGGAUCAUCGAGUGCAUUGUUUAAACAGACGAAGACACAUCGGAAACGAUGGAAUCCGUCAGCACGGUUGACGCGAACGGGGGUGGGGCGCCCGAUUCCGAUGGGACACCGUUUUUGAUAAAAGUGCCACCUGUUCCAGGACCAAUAACAGCCCCCAUACCGUCGUCAACGCUGGUUGAGCAGUCGUCGUCAACCGGCGAACGCGACACGGACCGCAACCACUCGGAUAAGCUCGCCGUGCAUCUGAUUGUCAGCUUUCGCGAUAUCUGUGUCUUUACGUUGGUCCUUCCACUGGGGACCCUGUUCGUGUGCUUCGUGUCGGCGUACGUCUUCCAGCCAGAGGAAAUCCACGAAACCCACUGUCGGGUGUACAACAUUAUCCCCUCGAUCAGUGCCAUCACCGGUGUCAGCCCGCAGAGGUACCUGUGGCGCAUCUCGAUAGCACUGCACGUUGGCCCAAGGAUAAUCAUUGCCUUCGUGUACAAGAAUUAUUACCGGACGGUGAUUCGAGAACUCAACGAUUUGUCUCGAAUCAAAAAGGCAACGAGUCUACUCAGGAUUGUCCACACGUUGAACAUAGUGGAAAUCAGUGCCCUUUGCUGCGUUACCUAUGUUUCCAAUAAGGAAAAUUAUCCCCUUCACGAGAAGGUCUUCAUCAUCUUCAUGACGUCAUCGCUGACGUACAUGCUGGCGACGCUCAAACUCCUCAAGGUCCUGCAACCGAACGGGCCGCAAACGGCACAGGAGGAGAACUCCCUCCGGUACAAGAAGGCCUUCUUCGCCCUCUCGAUCGCCUCCACCAUCGGGUUGAUCUUGUUUUUCCUGAAGCACCGCUUCCUGUGCCACGACUUGGCCUUCAGUUGGUUCGCCCUGUGCGAGUAUAUCGUGGCGUCGGCCAACAUGGGAUUCCACUGUACCACGAUGUUGGACUUCCCGACGGAGGACUUCAUGAUUGCCAAAAACGCCAACCGGUACCGGAAGCAGCACGCCACAAUCAGUUGGAAGCUGGAUUGAGGAGGCCCAGACGGGAAAUGGGGUCCAGCAGCUUCACCGGUGUCAAAAAAGGGGUCGGUGGGUGGGUGCGCAGCCAGCCUAAUCGUUGUUGUUGUCGUCAGCCAGCAGUACCAGUCAAGUCUGUGGUUUGAUAUACAUAUGUAGUGAAUUUUUAAGUUAAGUAGGUGCAAAAAGUUAGCGGGAGGAUUAGGAAGCGGUCAUUGGUAUAUCUCGAAUUGGUAAUGUUUCGAAGCGCAAUCGGUGCUUCCACGCGAGAUGAUUUUGAGAUUUUCCUUUCCGUCUGUAUCAUUAGGGUAGAUCGCAGGUUUAAGGUAGGGUAGAUUUUAGACAUUCCUAUUUUUACUUUCUUAGGCUAUGUUUUAUAACCUGGGAGAUGAAUGUUUGACCAUCUUAGAACAAUAUCGACCGAACGUAAAUUUACGAAUUAUUUAAUUAACUAUUUCUUCCUCAUUCGAAUGACAAGCACACGAAACAGCAUUCAUGCUCCUUAUGAACAAACUAUAUGGAUUGAGGCAAAAUUAGGUUUAUGCUACGGUUAUUGGAACUUGUAACUAUCGCGAGUUUUGUUA